AUGCCGCCCCUGCUGCCCCUGCGCCUAUGCCGGCUGUGGCCCCGCAGCCCCCCUACCCGGCUUCUCGGAGCGGCCGCCGGGCAGCGGUCUGGCCCCAGUAACUACUAUGAACUGCUAGGGGUACAUCCUGGUGCUAGCUCUGAAGAAAUUAAACGAGCUUUCUUCACCAAGUCCAAAGAGCUGCAUCCCGACCGGGACCCUGGGAACCCGGCACUGCACAGCCGCUUUGUGGAGCUGAGUGAGGCAUACCGUGUGCUCAGCCACGAGCAGAGCCGCCGCAGCUAUGACCACCAGCUCCUCUGGUCAAGCCCCCUGAAGUCUUCAGGAACUGCAGCCCAUCCCAGACCUGUCCACCAAGCACGCAGCUCCUGGGCACCUCCCAACGCACAGUACUGGGCCCAGUUCCACGGUGUGAGGCCGCAGGGGCCCGAAGUGAGGCAGCAGCAGCACAGACACAACCAGCGGGUGCUGGGGUACUGCCUCCUGCUCAUGCUGGCAGGCAUGGGCCUGCACUAUGUCGCCUUCAGGAAGCUGGAGCAGAUGCACCGGAGCUUCAUGGACGAAAAGGACCGGAUCAUCACCGCCAUCUACAACGACACGCGGACCCGGGCCAGGGCCAACAGAGCCAGGCUCCAGAAGGAGCGACUGCAGAGACAGCAGCCGCCACUGUCAGGGCCUCCCCAGGACCCUGGGAUUGUGCCCAGGGGCGCUGACCCCUGA